UUUUGCAGUGCGAUUGUGAAAAUGAAUGCUGUGAUUACAAGUUUGGUUUUUCUAAGCCUUGUUGGACUAGGGUAUUCUUGGAAGUACCCUAGGAAUGCCGAUCAAACUCUUUGGGCUUUUAGAACUUGUCAAAGGCGGGAAUCUGAUAUUAAUAUACUUAAAAAAUGGUAUACAUGGGAAUUACCAAAUAAUAAGGAAACCCACUGCUACGUCAAAUGUGUCUGGAUUCAUCUGGGACUUUACAGUAAAAGUAAGAAGUCACUCAGAGUUGACAAGAUUGAGAAGCAAUUCACCAGUCGUGGGGUUGCGAUUCCUUCGGAUUUAAAAAGUAUGGAAGGUGAAACAGAUGGAUCGUGUAAAGCUAUAUACGAUAAAACCAUCAGCUUUUUUAAUAAUAAUGUGGCAGACUUACGCAUUGCAUUCUAUGGUACAAUAGAGGAAUCGAAUAAGUGGUAUUCGGAAAACCCUGAUGCCAAACCGAAAGGAACCAAGAUUUCGAACUUCUGUAAAGCUAACAAUAGAGAACAAGGAAAAAACAAUUGCAAGCACGCAUGUAGUGCUUAUUAUUAUCGUUUGGUUGACGAGGACUUCGAACCUAUAUAUUUUAGACUAUUGGAAAUAAAGGGUUUUACAAAUGAAGACAUUGACGAAUGCAUAAAGCAGACAAGUGGAGGUCAAGGAUGCCAAAGGUCUGAUGCGUUGUAUGAUUGCCUGAAAAAUAAAAAUUCAGCAGCUUUAGAAGAAGCUUUACAGAUUCUCGAUGACCAAUCCGCAAAAACGUACUAGGAAAAAUACCCUUGUAUUUGUAUUUAUACCAUAAUUUUUUGAUGUCUUGCUUCGAAAAUAAAGAAUUUUAAAGUGAUGGUGAAGCAA